AUGUCCAACCCGCCUUUCACGGUUAAAUCGGUCUUCGAGUAUGCUUCGGGCCAUGAUGAUGAUCUCAGUUUUCCAAUCGGUCAAGUGUUAACCGUCACCGCUGUGGAGGAUGCUGAAUGGUACUACGGUGAAUACACGGACGGCUCCGGGGACAAACAAGAGGGCAUCUUCCCCAAGAACUUUGUCGAGCGCUAUGAGCCUCCGGCUCCUCCGCGCCCGACGCGCCCUAGUAGGCCGAAGAAGGAAGCUGAACCGGCGCCGGUGGGAUCCCCUGUGGCCGUGACCGAACCUCAACCCGAAGCGGACCCCGAGGUUGCGGAGCAGCGCGCCGGGGACGACCAGGAAAUAGCUACUCCGCAGCCACCUCCACUUCAAAUUCCACCUGUGGCUUCGAAUCCUGCUAUUGAAUCCCCGACCUCGCCCCUGCAGCCUGCUCCAGCACCUGCUGCCGCUGCCGCUGUUGCCCCUCCCCCAAUCAAGGCAUCCUCGAAGCCCCCGCCCCCGGCCGUGGCGGAGAAACCAUCCGGGUCGUCCUUUAAAGACCGCAUUGCCGCUUUCAAUAAGCCCGCUGCAACGCCACUUGCACCUUUGAAGCCCGGUGGCUCGCAGUCGAGUUCCUUCAUCAAAAAGCAGUUUGUCGCUCCUCCUCCGAGCAAAGACUCGUUCGUUGCCCCUCCAAGGGAUCCCGCCCCUAAGGUUUACAAGAGAGAGGAGGACCCCGCAGUAAAGGAGCAGCUUGCUCGUGAGCCACCGAUUUCUGAGAGCCGGCCACCGCCACCCCCUCCACAACAAGAAACCACGGAGGAAGGCGCAGAGGAUCAGCCCAAGCCUACCAGUCUUAAGGAUAGGAUUGCUCUUCUCCAGAAGCAGCAGUUGGAGCAGGCCCAGCGUCAUGCUGAAGCUGCUCAGAAGAAGGAGAAGCCCAAGCCUCCAAGGAAAUCACUUGACCAGCCCGCGGAACCCGCGGCCGAGGUGCCCGAAGAUGAGUUACAGUCACCCGUUGAAGCGUCGGGAUCUGUACGCGAUCCAAGUGUCGACACUCUACGCGCAAAGGCGCCUCCGGCUCCCCCCGUCCCCUUCUCGCCGGCAGAAGAAAUUACUAGUGAUGCAAAUGAUGCCGAUUAUUCUGCUGCUGCGGACUCCGAAGACGCAGGAGAAACGUCUACUAGUAAGGAUGAGGAGGAGGAGCCUAUAGAACAGCCUUCGACCCACGCAGUUGAGUAUAAGGGAGAAGAGGCCGACGAGGAAGACGAGGAGGAAGAGGAGAUGGAUCCCGAGACCCGACGCCGGAUGGAGCUUCGUGACCGAAUGGCCAAGAUGAGUGGUGGCAUGGGCAUGAUGGGCCUCUUUGGCCCGCCAGGUGGUAUGCCGGGUAUGUCUGCUCCUGCGGCCCGGAAGCCCAAGACUCCUGGCGAGUCAGAGAAGAGGCUUGGUGAGCCAGAGCCGACUUCACCAGGCCAUGCUCCCCCUGUUCCAAUGAUUCCUUUGCCGGGAAUGAACAUCAACACUAAGCCCGUCCCUCCUCCCGGUGUGGAGCAAGAAGACGAGGAACCUCUGGCGACUCCUAUCACCGAACAGCACACUUCUCGGGACGUGCCAGACGUCGAGGAGGUCGUCCAUGAUGGUGCGCCGCCUGCUCUUCCGCGUCGCUCUACUGAUAGGCCACGUCCUGUUCCAUCUACCCAAGCUCCUGCACCACCGCCUCCAGCGUCCCGACCUGUUCCGGCUCCCCCUGUGCCUGUCGAGCAGCCUACUUCACCUCUAUCAGUCCCAGGAGGUCGACCGGCCCCUCCACCGAGACCCUUAAUGGGCGAUGAAUCCGAUGAUGAACUCUCCGUGCAUGCAAGGAACUUGUCUUUGAGCCAGCCAGCAGGUGGACGACCGUCUAUGCCUGCCCCUGCGCUUCCUGACCACAUUGAUGCCCGUCGUUCCUCGACAUACGACUCUACGCCGCCCGUACCCACUCCGACCGCUGAAAAGAGAGCAAGCCGUCCACCUCCUCCGAUUCCAUCAAAUCCCCCUGCACCACCGGCUCAGAGCCGCGCCGCACCCCCACCGCCUCCAGGCCAAAUUCGCCGACGAUCUACUGCGGAUAGUCGUGGAAGCGCUAUGUCUGCUCCCCGACAGGCUGGUGAGGAUGUUGAAGGAGAGGUGACCGAGUACGAUGGAGACUACGACACGGACAUCGCGUCAGGGGCUAAGUUCAAGGACGCUUUGAGGGCCCAUGAGCGUGAUUCCAGCUUUGAUGAGGGCACGAUGACUGAUGACCACUCGCUUCAGUCUCCACGAAGCCCUUUGGAACCCCGACAGCCUCCACCUGUCCCUUCUACCGCUCCUAGGGGAGCUCCGCCGCCGCCUCCAAGCCAGCCGCCUCGGAAUGCUAGAGCAUCCAUGGACACACCUAGGGGUCCUCCUCCGCCCCCGCCAAACCAAGAGCCGUCUGGUGAUGCGGAUGAUGAGGAGUACGACCCAUUCAACUAUGCCACCCCUCAGCAUGGUCUGCCCACUCCCCCGCCUGUUCCCAGUGGACGCCCAGAGGCACCGCCUCCUCCACCUCCGCAGCCAGUGACUGAAGAAUACGAUGAUCUGUAUGACGCAUCUCCGGUCCAAACUCAAUCAGGCGAGAAGCCGCCUACAUCACAGCAUGAGAAGAAACCUUCUCUGGCACCACCACCUCCCCCGACUCAGGCCUCCGCUAUGCCGUCCCCGUCUGCAAGUCGAAGCCAGCGAGCUUCCAUGGACAUGUUGAGAGGAGGUAGCGUUCGGCGCUCCAUGGAUGUUCCUCGUCCCUCUGUUGAUCAGGGUUACAUCGCUGCUGACGUUGAUCUUGCGGAGACGACUCUUUGGUGGACGCAGGCCAACACUCCGCCGCCCGUCUUCCAGAAUCGAAAGGAUAUUCUUUUCGAGGUUGAAGAGUCAACAUCGUCGAAGCGAGGUGGCAAGACAACAGUGUCAAAGGACGUCUAUGUUCUAUUCAUUGAUUACUCUCAGACCGUUGUGACUGUGCAGUUUGAUAGCAAGAACCCUGCGGAUGCCUUACUAGAGCAGCGUCAUGAACCUCCUCCGCUCCAGCUCCGUCAAGAUCAGCUGGAGCAGGCCCACCUUCAGCUUGGAACUCGAAUCUCCGACUCCGUGAACGCCAUUCAAAACUCCACCGUCGCGGACGGCACUCCAUUUGGGCUUGUCCAACAUCUUCUGAACCCGCUCUCAAAUGCGCUUCUCCCUGUUGGUACUCGGGCAUAUGGUGCUCUGGUUUACUCCAAUCUGGCCAAUGCAUCUGUCUCUCAGAAUGAUGAGAUCCGCGCCGGUGAUAUUGUGAGCUUCCGCAAUGCCCGCUUCCAAGGCCACCGAGGUACUAUGCACCAGAAGUAUAGUGCUGAAGUAGGCAAGCCGGACCACGUUGGCGUUGUGGUUGACUGGGACGGCACCAAGAAGAAGAUUCGCGCCUGGGAGCAAGGACGUGAGAGCAAAAAGGUGAAGAUGGAGAGCUUCAAGCUGAAUGACAUGCGCAGUGGUGAAUGCAAGGUCUGGCGAGUGAUGCCUCGUAGCUGGGUUGGCUGGGGAUCUUCCAAAUAA